CUCCGCAUGGUCGCAAAACGUUCAGAACGCCUUUCAAAGCAAUACAGACCUUGCAGCAAGAAUCAUCGACGUGGCGCAACGACAUCAAGGAGAACUCCCAGCAUUAUUCGGCGACAUCGCCAAGCACAUUCUUUCAUCAACGCCGGCCGCUCCAUCAGCGAGCAAGAAACGGAAGUUGGACGAAUCAAGUCAGGCAGUUCAAAACGGGACCAGUACCGGAAUCUCGAACCCAGUGAUAUCAUUCGAGUGCAAAAACGUCAGCUUUGCCGUACCCGCAAGGAAGAAGUUGAAACUCCAACUCGUUGCGGACAAUGCAGACGCCAAUAGGAAAGAAGUUCGAGUACUGAAUCAGCAAACGAACGAUGUCGAGUACUCCAUCUCGAAUACACAGAUCGAGCAGGCGUUCUGUCUGCCGGUCCCUGAGAAGCAACAGCGGCAAUGGAACUUCGUGAUCUUUCCUCAAAACGGUGCGACGACUGCAGAGGGUAUGCCAUGUGAGCAGAUGGUGUUCACUUUGAAUGAGACCAAGCCGGAUGAUGCUAGCUCAGCGAGUCGAGCGGUGGUUGAGGGAGACACUUAUGUUUCGGUCACGGAGCCAGAGAUGAACCAGCUUUUGCAACCGCUUGGCAAACGUGUCGUGAAGCCGACCGAGGCCGAAUUCUCGAGCAGCAUACCGCAGUCGCAUCGAAAAGGAGAGAAGGCAUAUCAUGUAAAGUCUCACAGAGGGACAAAAGAGGGCUACCUCUUCUUCCUCUCCAACGGCAUCGUCUUCGGCUUCAAGAAACCCCUAUCCUUCUUCCCAUUCUCCGUCAUUGAAUCCAUCAGCUACACAUCCGUCCUGCAACGAACAUUCAACCUUGUGAUAACAUCCAACGAAGGUGACAGUGCCGAGACCCAGGACACCGAAUUCAGCAUGAUCGAUCAAGCCGACUUUGGCGGUAUCGACGAGUACGUCAAGCGACACGGAUUGAACGACGCCUCGCUGGCCGCGAAUAGGCGGGCUAAGGCAUAUAACGUCAACAAGACCAAGGCAGAAGUGAAUGGUGAUGCAGGCGGUGCUGAGAAUGGUGUCGAGGGAGAGGAGUCAGAACUGGCGAAAGCCGAGCAGGCGCUCCAAGACGCCGAGGAUGAGGAGGAAGAGGACUACGAGGCUUCGGGCGGGGAGAGCGAGGGCGAGUACAGUGAUGAGGACGAUGAAGAUGGCGAGGAGUAUGGUGAUGAGGUCGAUGAAGAGGGCGGCGACGAGGUGGAGCACGACGAGGACGCCCUUGAGGAGUAG